UGCGCGAGUCGGAUAACCUAAAACAGUCGGUGUAUUACUUGAAAACACAGUUUUAUGUUGAUUUUUGUAUUAAAUUACUUAUUAUGCGUGUUUCCGUUGCUAUAAAAAUAUUACUGCUUUAAUUAUGUAGUGGUAUCGUUUGUGAAAGUGCGUCAUUUAUCGAAAACCUCGUGUUUUUGUUUACAAAAACUAACUUCGUAAACAAAACGAUUGCUUUAUUCGAUUAUAGUUUAUUUUAUAUUGUAUAGUUAAUAUCUUUAAUAUGGUCUAGUAUGAUUUCACUUUGAGUUACUUAUUAAUCUUGUAUGUGGGUAUGAUAAGAUUUUUGAAACAAGUGUUAGUUAGAUAUUCCCAAAAAGAUUUAUUCAGUAAAUUCUGUCCUAAUAGUUUUUUUAAAUACAAAGUCAAUAGGAAAAUGGCCAGUGAUAAUAUAAAAACAAUGAGUGAUUUGAAUUUGGAACAUGUUCCAGUGAAAAAAAAGAAGUUAGAUUCUGAUUUGGAUUUAAAAAUGGAGCAGAGAACUGUUGCCACAAUGUGUGGUGCUUGGAGAGGUGUAGAAGAAGACGGUGGUAUGAUUGUAGUGAUGAAGACAAGACAUCCUUGCGUGAGUCCCGACCCAACCAAAGAGAGUGACUAUCCGGAGAACAUCCAAGAUUUUUGGGAAGCCAGUUUUUGUAGCAACGAAAUUGUUCAGGGUGAAAAAGAGACAGUCAAAAACUGUAUUUUAUCGUGCGAGAAGAGGAAAGCUGAUGACCCUGAUAAUAACAAGGACUUAAAAAAGGCGAAGUUGGAGACAAAAGCUCUGAAGGCGAAAAGGCCCGGCUUCACGGACGACCGAUACAAUGAGACCUCGUAUUAUAUUGAAAAUGGUCUCAGAAAAGUUUAUCCCUAUUACUUCACAUUCACAACCUUCACCAAAGGGCGGUGGGUUGGCGAGAAGAUUCUCGACGUUUUCGCGAGGGAGUUCAGAGCGCACCCCGCAGCUGAGUAUGAGAGGUGCAUUAGAGCCGGCACUCUGACAGUCAACUACGAAAGCGUUGACCCCGUCUACAGACUCAAACAUAACGACCUGCUUGCAAAUGUUGUCCACAGGCACGAAGUACCGGUCACCAGUCAACCGAUCACCCUCGUCCAUAUCGACGAGGAUAUUGUGGUUGUCAACAAACCGGCCUCUAUCCCCGUUCAUCCAUGCGGUCGGUAUCGACAUAACACAGUUGUAUUUAUACUCGCUAAGGAAUACAACUUGAAAAACCUUAGAACUAUCCACAGACUGGACAGGUUAACUUCAGGCCUGCUUUUGUUCGGGAGGAGUCCGAAGAAGGCGCGACAGAUGGAACACCAGAUACGGAACAGACAAGUGCAGAAAGAAUACGUCUGCAGAGUCGACGGCCUGUUCCCAGAAGAGGAGAUCGAAUGUCAAGAACCGAUAGAAGUGGUCAGCUACAAGAUCGGCGUCUGCAAAGUAUCUCCUAAGGGCAAAGACUGUUCGACGAUGUUCAAGAGGCUGGGGUACAACGAGAAAUCCAACACCAGCGUGGUGCUGUGCCGACCUAGGACAGGGAGGAUGCAUCAGAUAAGAGUGCAUCUGCAGUAUUUGGGUUAUCCAGUUGUAAACGACCCGUUGUACAACCACCCAGUGUUUGGGCCCCUCCGAGGCAAGGGAGGAGAUACAGGGGGCAAGACAGACGAACAACUUGUCCGUGACCUCAUCGCCAUACAUAAUGCCGAGAACUGGCUCGGUGUGGACGCAGCUGAUGACGAUCUGCUGUUCUCUAAGCCGGCUUCUGAUGAUAAAGGGGUAGGCGAGGACGACGACACAGGCCCGGCGUCCCGGGAGUCGUCUCCGAGGCUCGAGUCUCCUGCUCCAGGGCUUACACCUUCAUCAGUCAUGACCCCAACUCUACCCAGCCCAUCGAGCGGCGCAGAGGCACCUCUAGAAGUGAAGAGUGAGAUGAGCUGUUCAUCACCGAUCUGCGUAAUGCAACCUUCGCCAGUCGCCUCGCCACAACUAAAUGAUGACUCCAAUGAUGCUAAGUCCGACAAGGUGACAGUAGCGACGCAGACCGGGUGCGCGCCGAGCGCCGAGCCGAGCGCCGAGACCGAGCCGAGCGGCUCGGCCACCAUCGACCCCCUGGCGCCGGACCCCCACUGCUACGAGUGCCGGGUGAGGUACCGCGACCCCAGGCCCAGGGAUCUGGUCAUGUAUCUGCAUGCUUGGAAGUAUAAGGGUCCCGGCUGGGAAUACGAGACGGAGCUGCCACAAUGGGCAAGCGUGGACUGGGAAGAGCCAGAGAAUUCAUAGUUACACGAUCUGACACCACUGAGGAGGCGCCCUGACAGACCACACAUGCCCGAACAUUCAAUACUGAACAUAACACUGUAUUGAUUAAAUAUAAUGAUGAUAUAUUGAAUCGAAGUGAUUUUAGUAUCGGCGCUAAUGUUUUCUAUGAUAAUAAUGAUGUAGUUGUUAAAGAUAAUACUGAUAUAAAUGAAAAAGGCAGGGCGCCAAAUUUAAGACAUUUGGUACUUGGCUGUAUUGUAUCACAUAAGGUGGUUACAAAUUGUAUGGACUAUCAAAUGAUCGCUUAUUACGGUAGCUAUUGAAGUCUUAAUGUACGAAUGGCUAAGAUUACGUCUAUCAUUCAUUACAAGAAUUACUGAUUUGUAGCGAAGCGGUUUUAUGAUGGUCCUAAUUGGCAAAGUUAAACCUAUAGUUUUUUCAUUCAUCCCCGAAAGAAAAUGUUGUAUUUUAUGAUCUCUUUCUUUUAGAGAUAAUGAUAAAAUCAUGGUUGAUUUAGCCAAUCGUAUCCUCCUUUACACGAAGAGGUAAGUUUUUAAAAUAAGUGAGAAUUAGGUAAGGCAUGUUUUUUUGUGUUUCUUCUCUUGCAGCGCUGAUUUUUUUUUCUUUAUUUUUUGUCUUCUCGUUAUGUGACAGAUGCGCGUUUCAUCUCUCUUUCGCACUUAAAUCAAGGAUAUCUUUCUAUCGUGCUGUCACUAAAAAAAUAUGGUUUUUACGUAAGGAUUUAACAUUAGAAUUUAUUUGAUCAAUCUUCAGUUCCUAUCGGUCUAGAAUGUAUCGUCAAGCUUAUUGUAGCAUAGUUUGUAAGAAUGUAACAAUUUGUAAUGAUAUUAAUACCAUACAAAAGUUAUAUCGCUUAGGGGAGGCAGGGUCACAACCAAAAUCUUAAAUGGAUAUAAUAUAAAAAAAUGGAAAUCAUUUUGGGAUAGCUGUUCUACUUCACAAGCAAUUUUUCCAGUAAAUUUUACCUAUAGCUAUUAUAAUUUUGUGUUUGGCAAAGAUGCCAAUAAAAUUCUUAAUCAUAAAAAUAUAUUUUACGGAAACAACUAUGUGAUAAUAGAUAUUUUGAGUUAAUCAAUCUCGGACCACACUGCUAUAUAUUUUCUUAUCGUCUUCAAAUUUGUAAUAAAACAUGACCACUGUUUGGAAAUCGUUUAGAGGGGCUAUCUCGGUAAUAUUAGAAACGUAUAUUCAUAGGAGUAAAAUAUAUACACCGAUAAGACUCUUAUGAACACGGAACAGAAAUUUCCCAAAUUAUGAUACUUACCUAUUAGUACUGUUUACAUGUCUGUUUUUGAUUCCUGCACUCGAGUUUUGCAAAACUAUCAUCCUGAACAACAAUUAUUUCUCACACAAUAAUAAAAGACAAUACAAUAUAUUUCAAUUGAAACUUAAGUCUACAUCUCGUUUUUUUGCGCAGUUGUGAGAUAUACGUAAUGGUAUCACAGACAUCAAUUGCGACGUCACAUUCUCCAGUAUAGACUUAUAUUGUUCGAUAUUCUAUGGUCCCACAAAAUAACAUCGUCCAAAUUGUUAAUUCUGCAUUCAUCGAGAGUUUUGUCAGUGUGUUUGUCGCAUUUUGUAGCUGCGUCGUAAUGUUUGGCUUCCAUAGUUUUGUGUAGUGAAAUUGAAAUAUAUUUAUAGGAGUAACCCCGUGAAAUUUUGUACUUUAAAUACAUUGAACGGUAACUUUGCUAAGUGUUUCGUAGGUACUACCUAUUUGUAUUUCAUUAUGUUUGACACCAUUCAGGCCAGUUGUGAUAUGCAUUUAUACAUUGUUAUUAUGAAAAAGACAGUACUUGAAAAUAUCUAUGGAUAGGUACUUUUAACUGACUUACAUUUGUCAAAAAUCCUUUAAACUGAGAGAAAAGAAACUGUUAAUACUAAUUUAUAACACUUAAAAUGUAUGUCAGCAAGAUAUUUUGAUCUUCGUUCGAUUGAAAAAAAAAAGAGUUAACAGAUAGUUUCCCGCUAAAACUUCAAACUGUCAAUUUUUUCGGAGCAG